AAUGGCGGCGAUGACGACGAUGCAUCACCAACAACAACAGCAACAACAACAACAACAACAGCAGCAGCAGCAGCAGCCUCUGUUGGCACGGCAAUAUGGCGUGACGGAACCGCUUUCGUAUGCGCCUCCGGUCGAAUUGGACGUGAGGUUGAGCGAGGAGUUGGAGCGGUUGCUGAAGAACAAUGACCUGUACGAGUCUACUGACGAGAGAGUGAGGCGUGAAGAGGUGCUUGGUCGCUUAGACCAGAUAGUUAAGCGAUGGGUGAGAGAAGUAAGUAAGCAGAAGGGGUACAGCGAAACCCUCCUGGAUGAGAUCGGAAACGCCAAGAUCUUUACGUUCGGCUCGUAUCGACUGGGAGUCCAUGGUCCCGGUGCUGAUAUAGAUACACUCUGCGUCGGUCCGCGCCAUGUGUCUAGGGAAGAGGACUUCUUUGGCGGCUUGUAUAGGAUCCUUCUUGAUAUGAAGGAAGUGACGGAGCUGCAUCCUGUCCCAGAUGCUCACGUUCCCGUCAUGAAAUUCAAGUUCAAUGAUAUCUCCAUCGAUCUCCUCUACGCGCGUCUUAAUCUCCUCGCGAUUCCUGAGAAUCUGGAUCUUGGAAAAGAAGACAUCCUCAAGAAUGUUGAUGACAAGAGCGUCGUCAGUCUCAAUGGCUGUCGAGUGACAGAUUCCAUUCUGAAGCUCGUGCCGCACGUGGACCACUUCCGCACGGCUUUGCGCUGUAUGAAGCUGUGGGCGCGAAGGCGGGGGGUCUACUCUAACGUAUCGGGGUUCUUAGGGGGGGUGAAUUGGGCUCUGCUCGUCGCGAGGAUUUGCCAACUUUACCCUAAUGCAAAUCCGAGCAUGUUGGUGGCGCGCUUUUUCCGCGUGUACGAGUAUUGGAAAUGGCCUAACCCUGUGAUGCUGUGCCAUAUCGAGGAAGGUUCGCUCGGAUUACAGGUGUGGGACCCGAGGCGCAACCCGCGCGAUAAGUAUCAUCUGAUGCCCAUCAUAACCCCGGCCUACCCGUGCAUGAACUCCAGCUAUAACGUAUCGGAAAGCACGUUGCGCGUGAUGAAAGCGGAGUUUGCGAGGGGAAAGGAUAUUUGUGACCAGAUUUACAACGGCGACUGCGGGUGGGAAGAUUUAUUCAAACCUUAUCCUUUCUUCGAAGAGUACUCGCACUACCUUCAGAUCGACGUGACAUCGUACAGCGCAGACUCACACCGAUCUUGGACAGGCUGGGUGGAAUCCCGGCUACGCCAACUUACGCUGAAGGUGGAAAGAUACACUUCCGGCAAUCUCCAGGUGCAUCCGUAUCCGUGCGAGUUUAUGGACCCGGUACAGAAGGGACGGCACUCUGCGUACUUCAUGGGGCUGCAGAGGAGGCCUGGCUUUUCGGAUGGGGAGGGCAAAUCAGAAUUCGACUUGCGUCAGACCGUCCAAGAAUUCAAGGAAACGCUUUAUACGUUUCUGUCUUGGGAAACGGGGAUGGAUAUCGCGAUCUCCCAUGUGAAGAGGAGGGGGAUUCCCGCGUACGUGUUUCCCGGGGGGGUGAGGCCAGCAAGCAUGAAACCGAAGAAGGGCGGGGGGGCUGGCGGGGGGGGGAAAGGCGGCGGAGGCGGCGGGAACGUCGCGCUGAAGAAGCGGAAGUUGGCGAAUCAAGAGAGUGAUGCCGGAUCCAAGAGCGGUCGAGGACCCCAGCAGCCGAGGUCACAAAUGUUGUCGUCAACGAACGACAAGCCGUCGUCGAUACUCGCAGUUGGCGGCGGCGGAGGGGCAGCAGCAGCAGGUGAGGCCGGGGGCGCGGGGGAAGGGGGAGGUGGUGCCCAACAACCCCCCCCGGCUUCGAUUGCUUCGUCUCGGAUGUCGCCGCCGACUUCAGGGGCGGCGAUCUUGGAGCGCGGGGGGGGGCCGACAGCGGCGGACACGAUGGGCGCAUCAGCGUCUGCUGAAGAGAAGGAUCGGGUUCCGCCGAGCGCGCUGGCGGAUCGCGCACCGCCGAGCGCGCAAGGCUCAGAGGAGACGGGAAGGGCGGGGGCGGCGGCGGAAACCGGGGGGCCAGUGAGCAAUGGUGGAUGCGAUGGGUCAGCAGGGAGAGAUCCGUCUGAUGGUGCUGACGUGGCAGUUGUCGGGAACGAAAGGCAAGGCCAAGAGCUCGAGCACGUGCAUCCCAAAAGGGAAGUGGAGUUCAAAAGAGGCAGAAGCAAUCUGUUGAGGUUGAAUCCUUCCGAACAGAAAACGGAGGCAUCGUGAGUUGAGGUUCCAGAGACUGACUUGUUCUCUGCUCCGAUCCACACUGAUGUUGGCUUGUCGUUGUCAGAUAGGUGCAGGUGUUGUCUUCGGCAGCCCAUUGGAGAGAUGCAUAGGGACCUGCUGCUCAACUGCACGCACAAAGACGGAGAGACGUGCACCUAUCAUUGUGGCUUUCCUCCCCCUCCUGUUUCAGUUUUGUUUUUCAAUUCUAUUUUACUUCUGCUUCCUUAGCCUGUAGCUUAUGCGACAAUGUAAUAUAACGCCGUGACUGGCCUUUCUCCACCCUCCCCUUCUUGCUUUUCCUCUGUCUAUCUUGGCCCUUCUCCCUCUCUCUCACUCUACGUGAAAUCAUUUUGUACCCUUUGCUUGGUGUCUGUCUUGUGGUGGUGUGUGCUGCGGCUCUGGAUUUGCUCAUCCAACACCGUCCAAGUUUGGCCUCGCCUUGCUGUCCUCUAGGGGAGAUCGCCUUAUGUUUUACCCAAAUCAUGCCACGUGGCUGCGAGAUUGGAGAGGCAGAGAGAUGGGCGUCUCUAAGAGAAUGAAAAGUGCAUGUGAGACCUCUAUUUGAGAUACGCUGGACGUCAACGUGGAGUCCUCUAUGUUACGGAUUUUUGGUCAUGGCAACCUCAGAAAGGCACAUCUGAAGUCGGGACAGAGUGGAGGAUGUGGGCGUGGGUAGAGUGAGGGGAAGGUCGGACGGAAAGGAGAGGGUCCCAGUUGGGCAAAGCUCGAGUGGAUGGGAGAGUGGAACAACGGGCGCGAGUGUUUUGGUGGUUGGCGAUGGGACCAACCCUGCUUCGGCUAUGGGGUACUGUUCUUAGCGCUGAACAUGGUGACCCUAUAUCUGAGGAUGGGUUCAUGAGGGUAGGAAUUUGGAAUUCCUCGAGUUUCCGGUUACGGCCGAUUACGUGAGGGAUUGGUAAAGAGAGGAUCUUGGAAUGGGUCAAGAAAUGGGGUGGUUCAGGGGGUGGGCCGGCUAACGAAGGGAUGUGGAAGUUGAGUGGUUAUGUCAGGCCAAGGGGAAUCGCCUUGUCAGCUUGAUCAUCUUGGUGCCACGGCGAGGGGGAGAGCAAGGUUUGCUUUGCUCCUUGGCAAAUGACGAAUCGCCUCAUCAGGUCGUGGUGUGUUCGGGAUCGCUGCUGUGCUGUCAUCCCAGGACAAGCGUUUUGAUGGCGCUGUCCUUGAAAGGGAGCAGGUCCGAUGGAGCGGGCCAGCAACGAAUGGAGGUCCAUGGGCAUGGCUUGCUGACCAGAACCCUGGUGGUUGUUGCUUUGCUGCUCCUUGGCAUUUUCAGGAUCGCUGCUGCGCUGUUAUCCCAGGAUGAGCAUUUCAACGCUGCCCUCCGUGAGAGGGAGCAGGUCUGACCGAGCAGGCCAGCAAUGAAUGGAGGGCCAUGGCUGUAGCUUGCUGACCAGAACCCCGGUGGUUGUUGCUUUGCUGCUCCUUGGCAUGUUCGGGAGGGAUUGCUGCUGUGCUGUCAUCCCAGGAUGAACAUUCGACACCGCCCUCCGUGAGAUGGUACAGGGUAAGAAUGGGAUUCGCUCGUGGGCCAUCUAGGAGAAAGGUGGGUGCAUGCGGAGGGGGACCUUUCUUCUGAAUGACCGCCUAUGGAAAGCGUCGGGCAAUUUGAAUCGCCUUUGGUCGUAAUCAUGCUUUGCUUGGGUCAAAGGUGUCCAACCAUAUUGGCAGGCGUCAUGAGUCUUCGGGAGCGAAGAUGGCUAUGUAUCUCAUUGGUGGACCCUCCCACAGACAACGAGGACAGGGAAUUGUAGGCAUAUAGCAGAAUGAGUUGUUUAUGAGGGCAUUGGGAGGGGGGGCUUGGCCCUCUGUUUUUCUCCCCUUUGCUGCCCUUUUAAUUUGUCCCUUGAGGUCUCGGAUUGAAGAGGAAGGGUGCGCUGUGCCUUGUUGUCAUUGUAGCAUUUGCCAUGGGAGCCUCGUUGUGAUGCUCUAUCUCUUUUCCUCUUUGCGUGUCAGGGAUUGCCUUGCCUUAGUCCUUCCUUCAUCCUCUCCUUUGGUGCCCCAUUGCACCCUCUAUCCUGUAAACUUUGAUUAGAUAGAGUGCAGGGUCAUUGCAUUGGGGCAUCAGUUAGGCAUUGUUGUAUGUCUUUCCUGCCUAUAGUUGUGAAACUUUUGAACCUUUUUUUUUGUUAAUAAAGUUUAUAGCCAAUU